UGAAGGAAGUGCAUCUGUUUUCUCUGCACCACAGAACAGAGUUCUCUGAGGAAAGAGAGUUCCAUUUUUCUAAGCCCACUGGUUUUAAUUUAACCAUUUUUAUGGAGAUUCAGCACUCCUGGGGAAGGUUGAAAGUACUGACAUCACAAGCUGGAAUUGGAUUAGUUCAUGGGUUUUGUCUUAUUAGGAGCAAUUGAAAUACCAUUUGUUGAUCUUCUUUAAAUUCUUACAGGUAAGAAACUCUGAGAUAUCUGCUUUGUGUAGGAAGAAAGAGAUCAAGGUUAGGGUUAUCAGAAGUUCCCUGGGGCAAAAAUUAAGAGGAGAAAAUUAGAGUGUCUAAAGGCUUAGCUUUGGUAUGCAGGAAGUCGGCAUAGGGAGAGACUUCAGGUCCCAUUAGAGAAUUCUACACCUAGAGUUCAUGACAUAUUUUUAAAUGCUUUUAGAUAACUGUACUUUUAUAUGAUUGACUUCCUUUGUAAGCCUAUAUAUCCAAUAAUAUUCAACAGCGCCCAAAGAGUCCAUGAUACAAAAUUAAAGUCUCCUUCAUUAGUAUGUCAGAACACUUUCCUUCUGUUAUGCCCAAUAAACCCAGAAUGAAGAAAGAAGUCUUGGAACUGGUCGUUAUAAUAUACAAGAGUAUACUAUAAUGUAUGUAGUAUGCAAAAGUAUAGUAUGCAAAACCUCUAUUUUUGUACUAUGAGACUGUAUUUUCCCAUAACAUCUCAAAAUCAACCUAUUAAAAAUAUAAACUAUUAAUCUUUCCACCAGUCUAACCCCUCUUUCAAAUUUUCCUAAUUCUGUAACAGGGUAUUCCCACAUCCUUUUAGUUCAAAGGUUCUUAACCAGAGGUCUGUGAAGGUGUGUUUUUGUUUCAUUGAACAACAAUUUCAUUAUAAUUGUUUUAUUUCGUAAUGUUAUAUAGUUUGUUUCAUGCUUUUAAAAACAUGAUUCUGAGAAGGAUCCAUAGGCUGCAUCAGGUUGCCAAUGUGUCAAUGACAUAUGCACACACACACACACACAAAUUAAGAAUCCUCAUUCUUGGGGUUUAAAUCUUCAGUGUCAUUCUCGAUUCCUCACUCUCUCUUCCCACACAUCCUUUUAGAGUCAUAGCUUGCCAUUUCUAUCUCCAUAUAUCUCACAUCUGUCUCCUCUUCAGUCACACAACCAAUCACCCUAGUAAAGACCCUUAUCACCUCUCUCUUGGAAUAUUGCUAUUGUCACCUAAUUGGUCUUCCUCACUCAAGUUUCCAUACUCCAGUCCAUCUUCCUCAUAGUGGCCAAAAUGACUUUCCAUAAACACUGGUCUGACCAUUUGUUAGUUAACAAAUAAUUUCCUUACUAAGGAAACUCUGAUGAUUUUCUUAUUACUACUACUAGGAUCAACUAAAGAGUUAUCUCUUUAAACGUCUCAGUAAUGGCUUCAAUUUAGCUUUCUAAUCAUAUGACACAUUAAUACUAUUCCCUUUCACAUACAAUAAGGACUAACCAAAUUGAACUUCUUUCAACAUGUUCCUCAUAUUCUGUACUCUCCACCUCACACUUCUAUGCCUCUAUUUUGCUCUCUUAUUACAUGAAUACAUUCUCUCCUCAUCUCACCCUUUCAGAAUCUAAUGUUAAUCUGUUAAAAUGUUGGACUUGGAGUCAAGAAGAUCUAAAUUCAAAUCCCAUCUCUAAUUAAACUUGCUAGCUAUGUAACCAUAGAUGAGUUAUUUCUCCCCUCUGAGAUUCAGUUUCCUCACUCUGCAAAAUGUGAAGUGGGACUUGAUGAUCUAGCUUUUUAGCUCUAAAUCUAUGUCCCAAGUUCCAAGACUUGGCUCAAUCACUGCUUCAAACAUGACUCCUGAUCUUUUGGUGAACCUAUGGCAUCCAUGCUGGAGGUGCUGUUCCCCUCUCCACCAUGCCUGAGGACAUUUCUCUCAUCACACCUGCUCCUCUGCCCAGAAGCCUGAUGAGAGCACUUUCUCCAUCCCCUGUCUAGGGUGUCUUACAUGUGGUGUGAGGGUUAUAGUUUGGGCACUUUGUCUCUAAAAGUUUUGCCAUCACUGUCCUAGCUUUUAGGUAUCUCUCCCUUUCCCACAUCCCAAAUUAUCUUAUCUACUUUAUAUGUUGUUUUCUUUAGCUAGAGCAUAAAUCCUAGAGGGUAGAAAUAAUUUCACUUUCUUUGAACGUUCAGUACCUACACACUACCAAAUGCACAAUACAUACUUUAUUAGUUUGUUGAUUGAUAACUUUGCUAUUUAUAAUAUUUUCAAAUGACUUCUUUAAGGUAAGGAAUGUCUAAUUUGUUAAAUGAAUGAGAAAGCCAUCUUUACAUUGGAACAAUAUUUUUAUGUACAUGGAAGAGGCAAAGUGUUGGCAUCCCAGGAGAAGAGACAGCCCCAAACACUGAGGAAUCCCAAUUCUAAACUAUGUUUUUAUCCAUUGUUUUCUCAGGUACAGUUCACAGUAAGUUUUCCAGGACACUGGGCUGACUCAAUAGAGAGAGGGGAGGGAGAGUGGGCAAGUCAAACCAUGAAAAGAAAGUGCCUAUCCUCACAGAACUUACAUGUUUUACAAAUGAGACCUCAGGUGGGGCAUGAAUUAAACUAUAUAUUUCUUAGGAGAAAUAUUGAGUCUUCUAUUGAAAGGGCACAAAGGGGCUAUCAAAUGAAUAAAAAGGAUUUAUGAAAAGGUCCAUUUUAAAUAUAAUUAAAAGUUCAACUAGUUGAAGUCUUGUUUACCAUUUGAAAACCUAUCAUUGCAAAUGUUACCUCUUACAUCCCCAUUAUACCAAGUGAUGCCAGACAGUAAUAGAGAAGUGAUGCUUUGUGAUGUCAGAAUGAUAACAUCCCCUAUGUAGGCUAGGACCACAGAAAUUAGUCCUGAAUAUUUUUAAAGUUGGUAUUUUUAUGCAUCCCUUUGAUACAGGUUCCUCUUAGGAAAAAUAAUUUCUCUGAAGAGAUUGAAUUAUUUUUGUUUUCUUUCUAUUUCAUUUAGUCUCCAUUAAAUUAAAGAGAAGCCCUUGAGGCCACCAAGGGAAUUUGACUAAUCCAGGGCCCCUGACCUGGCAACAUUUUACCUGUUUUGAUUCCUGUUCUUACUUCUAAUAGUGAGACACCUUUGGGGGAACUGAGUGAACUGGACUGCAGGGAGGAAGGAGAAGAUCUCUAGCUGAUUUAAGCUUGUGCCUCUAACCUGGUUUUAUAAUCUAAAUUGCUCUCCCGUUUCCUAAGAGAGUAUUUUUUUCCAUGCUUUCCAAAAAUUUCUAUAAUUUCCCAAUGUCCCUUGAGAAUAUAAAAGUAUGUAAUAAAUACAAAUUAGUUUAAAGACAACAUUGAAGACAACAGUUGAACUGUUAGGCCUAUGGGAUCUUUCUGUGAAAGCACUUUUAGAGCUGAUCUUACAGGCCAAGGGAAAAAGUUAUUCUUGUCAAUAAGUAUUAUAAUGGUGAAGCAUGGCUCUAAAGAGGGGAUUUGAGAAGUUACCUUCCUACCAUUCUUUGUACAGUGGUCUAUGGGUGUGGAAAUAGCAUGUCACAGCAGCCUUUUUUUUGAGAGAUAAUUAAUUUCAGAAAUUAAAAAGUUUGAGUUUUUAAAAAAUUCUGUAUUCUGUUACAAAGGAAGGCUCUAUGAGAGAAAAGGCUGAAAGAGGCAGACAUUGGGAAAUGUGGGUGAUGUAAAAAUAAAAGAUAAUAGAACUGUAUUGUAAAUAUUAAAAUGGUCAUGGGGAGGAGAUGCAUCAUAAAUGUCAUUGAAUACUAUUUAAAAUUCUAGACUGAGAGUUUCCUUUUUUCAUUUAAGACUUCUAUCCAUGCCAAAAUGCCUCAGGAAAGCUAGUUCUAUUUUUAAGCUUUUCAGUUCAAAUGUCCUUAUCAUCUCUGAGUUUGUUUCAUUCAGUUGCUUAUAUAUCCAUAAAAAUUACUUUGAGUCCCUUUCUUAAAAAUAUAUAUUUAAUAAACUUAAAAGGGAAUGAGCAGGAUAAGGAAAUGUGAGGAACAGAAAAAGAGAGAGGCCUGGAAGGCAACGACUAGCUCCAUCUACGCAACCCAUUGCAUUUGAGCUUCAUCUUUGAUCCAGACCCCUCAAAAGAUCCUAGCUCACAAGACCCAGGAAGUGCUGAUCCCAUGCCCACCACAUCGGAUUGCAGUGUUGUCAAAACAAGACCACCAAUCCAAGGCUGAGAAGAUGGUGUGCCUCAGACAUCGGUCCUUCAAACACAAGCCCUCCCUCGUUUGUCAUAAGACUAAGUCCCUAAAGAACCAUGGCAGCAACAUCAAUGACAAAUGUCAGCGACCACCACCACACUCUGACCACCAUGAAGUUCACAUUAGACCAGACCUGAAACAAAAGACAAAAGCUUCAGUAGGCCUACUUCAGGGGGGAGAUGCAUUAAGGAACCUCAACCAAAAGGUUCCCCCAGCUGUUUCACCAAAAAUUCAAUCCAGGAACAAACAUCGUCUUCAUCCCAGGGCCAAAUAUACAUCAGGUUCCAAACACCAUACCAAACCCAAACGUUCUUCCCUACAGAAAUCUAAGAGUCAAAACACAAUUCUUCCUUUAAUUUCUGGCAAGACUCCACCACACUGUCAAAUCCCAACUGGUCAUCUAUUGAUGAACACAAACCCUGGUCCAGAGCAAACUACAACUAUUAUGUCAAGUGCCAAGCACCUCUCAGAGAUUCAACCAGAUCCUGACGCUCAAGACACUCCUCCCCUUGAAAUAUUCCACCAAGGCCAAAUGCCCUUGAACAAGGAAGAAUGUGGCACAUUCCCAAGACUUCUGAAUAAUCAGGCAAAAGAUCCAAUAAACCAGAACCACCAAAAGAUUACUCCCCUACAGACUGAGACACCAACAAGUGAUUACAACCAGGCUAAGGAUACACCCAGGUCUUCCAGGCCAUAUAAGGCUCAAUCUCAGAACCAAAACCAGACCCAGCCUGAGCAGAAUAGAGAUGUCCCUCUUGAUUUAAACAAGAUCAACCCUCACACCAUUGUAGAUGGGAUAACUCUUAAUACCCAAAUUGUUGAUAAAAUCAUCAAUACCAUCCCUGAGGCAAAAAUAAAGCAUGAUCUCUAUAAUCAGAUUCACCUGUGGCAGCUGAGGGGAUGUCCCAGACCUGCUACUUGGCCUGGACAAUAUAUGUCUGCUAGUUAUACAGUCUGUUUAAUUUGUGCCUCAUGGAUACCAAAUGGUUGUCCUCAUGUUGGUAGAUUGAAAUGUUUUCCUCUGGCACAAUUGCUGGCCAUACCAACACCUUUACAUGAUUCAGAACAGAAGAAUGUGAGAUUUUACCUUAAAGUGACCCAGGGAACGUCAAACUCUGUUUCAGUUGUCACGAAUUCCCUUCCCAGUAAAGCCAUGCCCUCAGUCCCUUUACUGGCCCCUCCAUCAUGUGGCAACUCGGAUCCAAGUCCUCUACUUGUGCUUCCAAAACUCACUUGGCUGGACUUCAUACUUGCAAAACAUCACCAGUCAAAUAAAGUAAAAUCAUAUCCAAACCAAAAGCCAUUUGAAUUACCCUUAAGGUGUCAGAGAAAUGUAGAAGAAAUUCCUAUGAAACAAAAGAUGCAACUACAAUUCAAGUCUCUCUUAGAGAAAUUUCAAAGUAAGAGAAGAGAAAACUAAAUUAAAAUUUUUAUUUUGAGAAACAA